ACCCCUAAUUGUAUCUACCAUCUGCCUCAUCCUCAACCAGAAAAAUGAAAAGAGGUUUCAAGAACAAAUAUACUGUCUCCCCCCUGAUAUUGUGAGCAUGGCACUUUCGGAUCACCCAGAGGGGGAAUUCAUAUCAUCGAAAACGAAUAAGGAAUUCAGGGUGGAAGACUACCCGAGUUUUAUUCCCUUCAUAGAUAGAAAAAAAUUAACUUCGCAUCCAUAUAUUUUUGCACCUGUUUGCCACUCGGGGCAUUGGUGGUUAUGGCUGAUAAAUACAACAAAGCGGAAAUGUCAUAUACUUGACCCGCUACACAAAAAAGCUCCAAGCGAAGAGAGAAAGCAGAUUAAUAAAUUCACUGGAUAUGUAUUUUCAAGAUUGAGAGCAUAUGCCGGCGGGGAACCUCUGCAGAAAGACGAGAAGGAGAAGGAAAUUAAAGCAUCAUAUGUUAAAAUAUCAGGCCAAAAAACAAGCUAUGACUGCACUAUCUACGUUAUGAAGUGGCUUGAGUUAAUUGAGCCGGAAAACAUUAAAAAGGGGAAGUAUAAAUGGGAUAAUUGGAAACAGGAGGAGGUGGACCACUAUAGAGUGGAGUAUGCUUCCCGGAUACUAUUCAGUGAGAUGAAUAAACAGAGAGAUCGGGCAAUUAGAGAGAGUAGUUCUAUAAGGCUGUCGAAGCCAUCCUCUGUAUUAUUGAGUCUGUUUUGUCAGAUAAAUUCUGCUGAUAUAGAAACUGUGUAAU